CCAAACCAAAAGUGCAAAGUACUGAUCAACUUGAUAUUAUGUGUGGAAGCAGAAGCUUUUUGUGUGAGUUUCUGUUAAAUAUAUUCCUGCAUCACUAUCUGAUACUACCACACCAUUAGCAUUGAGUGUCUAAUUAACUGAAUAAAUACAAGAGUGGUCUUGACUGUUGCACAGUUCUGUAUGUUAACCAUGAUGAGGCUUGAUGAAGUUAGUGAGGAGAGUCUCAGAUAGUGCUAAUGGGAGAUGGCCAAGGAGACCAGGCAUGUGAUGAGGGAAAAUACCAACUUCAUGUGACCCAUGGCUAAGGAGUGGCUCAUAGGCGAAGACAAACACCCAUUUGUGUUGUUUUCUUCAGUCAGUGCUGAUCCACUGAGGAGAAUCCACCAGUCAGCCUGUCUAGAUCGUCUCCCCUCUGGAUGAAGCCACAGUGGUCAGGAUGCAGACUAUUAAGACAGUGGAGACCCAAGUGCCCUUUCUGAAAGAAAGUUUCUUCACUACCACUUUUAAAGGCAGGAGGAAGAGCAGCGUUACCAAUAUCCUCCGUAAACAACAGCACUCACUUCUUAAUCAACAAUACCAGCAACAACAGUGCAUUUUAGAGCAUCAGCAACAGCAUCCUAAGCAAUUUCUUUCCCCGUCAGUCGAAAAUGGACAAGGGCAACGCACUCCGGAGCAUCAGCGCCUUGCUCGUUCGACCAGUAGCCCAUUAUGCAAGACAGCCGAGCAUGCAGGAGCAGAUGGGCAUGGAAAGGAGGGGCAAAAAGAGAGGAAGGAUCAGAGAGUCAGAGAGGCUGUGCAGGGGAGGGGGGGAGAACGAAGAGUGAGUGGUAGCGAGCCCGCGGCUGUCAGUGCCAGUCUCCUCCUCCUUUCAUCAUCAGCAUCAGUGGCGCUGGGGGAGGCAGCAUCAUUCUCACAGCUGCCUUUAACUGUGGUGGGCAGACAGCAGGGAUUAGGUAGCGCUGAAAGGGCUCUGACCAACAGAGGACCAGCAUCAGUAGCAGCCCCGGAGGAAGUCCAGCAUGUCCAGCCUCGACCCCAGCAGCAUGGCCUGUUAGCCAAGGGUGUCCGCCUGCUCAGGAACAUGGGGAACCAGGAAACUAAGCAGAAGAAAGGAGGAGGAAGUGUUGGAGCAGCAGGGGAUGUCUCCGGUGAUGGUGAUGCUGAUGAGAGGGAAGUGGACAAAAAAUCUAAAAAGUCCCACAAUAAGAUAAGUAAAGGAGGAGUAGAACAUAGUGGUAGGAAGAAAUCAAAGUCAGAGUCGAAGGGGUCUGUGUUUUCCGGCAUGAAGAUCAGGAAGAGUUUAUCAAAGGCGAAAGGAUUGUCUAAGGAUGACAUGUUGGAAGAUGGGAGAUCAGCAGACUUGGGCAAAGCAGGGCUCAAGCCCUGUGCAGAGGCAAGCCUGUCAGCUGAUGAGAUGGGCAUGCUAUCAGAUGUUGAGGGGGAUCUAAGCCAUUUGACCGCAGACAGUCACCAAUCUAUGGUGGAUGAGAUUGGCCGGAAGACAAGCUCGGGGUCGGAUGCUGACCUCUACAGUUUUCACUCAGCAGCAGCUGAAAAUGAAGACCUGCUCUCUGACAUCCAACAGGCCAUAAGAAACAAGUGUGUGGAAAGUGACAGGGUGCUGGAAAUGGUGGCAGGGCAUUUCUCUGAAGGGUUGACCUCUGAGAGGAACAUAACCCCUGAGAAGGUAAUAUCUCACCAGCUAAUUAAUCUGGAUAAGGAAUUUUUCUCACCCCUUGUUGGUAGUGAAUGUGUACCUCAAGAAGUAAGCAGAGAAAAUAAGGAAUUAGAGAACGAAAGCCGUGUCAUACCCAUAUCAAGAAAUUCAUCUGGGCCAGGGUCCCUGAGUGAGAGUGGUCCAUCAUCUUCAGCACCAGACACAGAGAGAAGCAGUGGCAGCCUUUUCCCAAAGACUAACAGCACGUAUAGCUUCCCUGACACUACAGCCACCACCACCUCGUAUGAGAGUGCUGAGGAGUCCCAGGAUGACCUGGAGAGCCCGGUACAGCACCGUCAAGAUAAUCUGGCUGCACAGUGCAAAAAUACAUGUGCGCCAUGUGUCUGCUUGGAUCCUGUGGUGGCAGGGGCAGGGCCGAUGGGGUCUCACAAGAGUGCGAGCAGCAUGGAACUGUCUAUGGAGAGGGAGGAGGAACAGGACACUGGGAGACGGGACUUCCUGUCCCUGAAAAGGAGGAAGAGUAGUUUGUCUAUUAGCCAGCUAAUAACAGACAGCCCCCCUGUUUCUCAGCCUAGACGGACGUCCUCCAUCUCCCCCUCCACUGUCAAACUCUACCCUCUAGUCCACCCCUCCUAUGUUAAGACCACCACCAGGCAGCUAACCUCUCCAAUUGGCUCUCCCAUUACCAGCCCCCAUGUGCCCAGAAAAACAGAUGCCACCGUUGCUUCAGUGGAAUCCAGUGGGGUCAAGGGGUUUAGGAGGCACAAGCAGAGAUCCUGCUCCAUUGCUGGCCCCAUCAGUGUGUCUGCAGACUGGUCCACAGAGCUGGAUGAGCUAAGAGGAAGGCAGGGUGGCUGGGCCAAAUUCCCAGAGCAGGAGUCAUCAGAGAAGAGUUACACAGGCGGGACUUACUGGACACUAGGCUCAAGGAGAGCACAUGGACGGCAGACGUCCACUACCACAGUACCCUACUUGGAUGUCUUCUCUGGUCGCACUCUGUUGGACUGGCUGUGUAUGCGUCAUGGAGAUGGGUCUACAGAAGAGGAGGCAAAAGAAUUGUGUCACCGAAUGUUGAUCCAGAGUCUGUUGCACCCCUUCAGUGACGGCACAGCAGAGCUCCCUAUUGACAGCACUGUCUCAGCAGUCUUUAAUGAGGAGCAGCUGUACACCUGGGCAUCUGUAGGUCUGCCAGUGUCUUCUCACCUGUGGGAACUCUAUGGGGGGCGAACCACAGGCAGAGAACAGAGCUUGAGAUCCCCUUUGCAUCAGUCAUCAGCCAAGACACCAGGAGCUCUACACUCUCAGACAGAAUCCAGCAGGUUGAAGUCCAGUCAGUCAUCCUCAGAGGAUGAAAGCUGUCUCAUCCCUCAGUUGGAGAGGACCAUCGAUGACCUGCGGAUUAAGAUUGAUGUGUUGCAGGGCCAGCAGGCCUCCUUGGCAAAGGGCAGCUCGGGAGCUCUGGGCGCUGCCCACCACAAGGCCUCACAGAUGAGGGGAGGAAGAUUGGGAAAGAUGAGCCAGGAGGUGUCUGUCCAGACCUCGCCUGUGGAGGAGGGGUUUAAGUUUGACAUGCCUUUCAAUGGAGGAUCAGGUAGCGUGUCAUCCUCUGUUUCAUCCUCCAUCCCCAAAUCUACAAAGAGCUUUGUCUGCACAUGCCAGCAGAGGCAACAGAGCAGUGCCCAUCCAGCUCUUCCGCCCCCUCCUCCACCUCCACCCCCCCCUCCAAUCUCUGGAGGUAUGCCCCCACCUCCACCACCAACACUUUUACCAGGCGGCGUCGCUCCUCCUCCACCACCACAUCCACCGCCCUUACCCGGGUUUGGACCUUGUCCACCACCGCCUCCCCCCUCCUCCUCCUCCCCCACCAGGUGUUGGACCUCCCCACCUCCUCCCCGCCUGGUUUUGGACCUCACCCCCCCUCCUCCACCGCCUGAUGGGCCCCCUCCUCCACCCCCACCCCCAGGCUUUGGGCCUCCACCACCACCAGGCCCCAUGCCCUCCAUGAUGGCCCAGGAAGCUGCCUCUGCCAAGGCUGUGAUCGAGCCCCCCAAGCCAAUGAAGCCACUUUACUGGACACGCAUCCAGCUGCAUGAUAAAAAACCCAUUGACUCACUGGUGUGGGAGAAAAUCGAGGAACCAACUGUGGACUUUGAAGAAUUUGUGGAGCUAUUCUCCAAAAGUGCUGUUAAGGAGAAGAAAAAGCCAAUUUCAGACACAAUCAGCAAGUCCAAGACCAAGCAGGUAGUGAAGCUCUUGAGCAACAAGCGUUCACAGGCCGUGGGUAUUCUGAUGUCCAGCAUUCAUCUUGAUAUGAAGGACAUCCAGAAUGCCGUCCUAAAUAUGGACAACACUGUUGUUGAUCUGGAGACUCUACAAGCCCUUUAUGAAAAUAGAGCUCAAGCUGAUGAGAUGGCUGGCAUUAAAAAGCAUAUUAAAUCAUCCAAAGACAAGGAGGAUGCCAAGCCACUGGACAAGCCUGAACAGUUUCUAUUCCAGUUAUCCCAAAUCCCAAACUUCUCUGAACGAGUGUUCUGCAUCCUGUUCCAGUCAACUUUCCAUGAAUGUAUCACCUCAAUCCUCCGCAAAAUAGAAAUCCUUCAGAGAGUAUGCAAGACUCUCCAGAGUGGUGAGUGUGUAUUGCAGGUGCUUGGCCUGGUGCUGGCUUUUGGCAACUUCAUGAACGGAGGUAAUCGGUCUCGAGGGCAAGCAGACGGCUUCACCUUGGACAUUCUGCCAAAACUCAAGGAUGUUAAGAGCAGUGAUAACUCCCAGAGUCUUUUGUCCUACAUUGUUGCUUACUAUCUAAGGCACUUUGAUGAGGAUGCUGGCAGAGAGACGUGUGUCUACCCUCUGCCCGAGCCCCAGGACCUUUUCCAGGCUUCCCAAAUGAAGUUUGAGGACUUUCAAAGAGAUCUGCGCAAGCUGAGGAAAGACCUCAAUGCAUGCUCAGCUGAGACGGAGAAAGUUUGCAAGUUGUCCUCUGAAGAUAACCUGCAACCCUUUAAGGACAAGAUGGAAGGAUUUCUUAGCCAAGCCAAAACCGAACUGGAAACACAAGAGAAGCAGCUGGGAGACACUCAGAAGAUCUUCUUGGAGUUGAGCGUGUCCUUCUCAGUUAAACCCAAAGGAGGAGAGAAAGAGGUCUCUCCUAACACUUUCUUCUCCAUUUGGCACGAGUUUUCCACUGAUUUCAAAGACCAGUGGAAGAAGCAGAAUAAGCUGAUGUUACAGGAACGGGUCAAAAUGGCUGAAGAGUGCUUCAAACAGGCCAGGGAGAAGGCUUCCUACAAUGUGAAACCUAAACAUGCAACUGGAAUAAAAGCAAAGCUGGGUCAGAAGAUCUGAAGCAGAGAAUGGAAAAUUAUCAUCACCAAGCCUAUUGCACAAGCACUGUUUGUACAAUCUGACAAAGACUCAUCAGUCAUUUUUACAACAUUUAUUUGCUUCCAGUAUUUGUUUUCAAUUAAUUUAGACCUGUUGUUUAUUGUGAGUUGGUUCAAAGUGGAUAUUAUAUUGUUUAAAAAUGGAAUGAAAAGUUACAUUCUCAGCCACCCUUUGAUAGCAUUUGCAUAAUUACAUGAAAUAUUGCUACCAAAAGACAUCCUUAAGCUGAGAUGAUUAAAUGUGGUUGAGUCAUUUGCCAGAAAAUGCCAGAAAAUUCUCACUGGAGUAUGAAAUUUGUAGCAACACUGUAUCCAAGCUUUCUCAGUAUUUUAUAAGCCAUAUGUAGCCUGUUUUCUUUUUUAGUGUGAUUCCCAAGCCUAGUUUAUUAGGAAGGCAUGAACACUUCCUCUUUAUAUCUUCCUUAAUGGUGAAAAGCACAGAAUUUUAUAACCUUUCUAUACGGUAGGUAUGGAUCACCUGCCAGACAGAAAGUGCCUUAUCGCACAGGGGAGAGGUCAAUCAUCUGUAAUUAAAUGUUACAUGUAAAGAAGAAAAAUCUGUUUUACAUAGGCUGAAACAUGAAAUUUGCUUUUCUUAAUAGUUUCAUCAAGUGUGUUUCAGAACCUAGUGAUAAUUAUACAUGUGUUUUACAUACAUCACCUUCUAUAUUGUGGUUUAAUAUCCAGAAAGGCUGUGCAUACCUAAGUGGUGUGACCUGAUAUAGACCUACUAUUGUUUUAUUCAGCAGUAUUGUCAACUUGCUUUGUUUUAAGCAAAAUCCUAUGCAGUUAGUUUUGCCAUUCCUUCUAUGUGUGAGUGUGUGAACUCCCAUAUGCUAAUGAAGCAGUAAGACCAUGUGAUGUGAUGUCCAUGUGCAAUACCAACAAUAUGCUUUGAUUGAAUACCCUUGACCAUGAAAAAAUAUAUUUAUUGAAUAAAAGAAAUUACAUAAAUUUUUAAUAAAAAUUCUUCUGUUGCUGA